GGACUCCCUACCGCAGGGAGCGCGGUCGAAUCACUGAGCGCGCCCCCGUCGGAUCUGCUCUUCCUGCCGUCACACCCUCUGCUCGGUGCUGUGGGUUCACCCCGUAGAGAAGCCGAGGACAGACCGUGCUGCAGUGCGAGCGCAGCGGGGGACUCGGAAGCGGAGAGGAAACACACACACAGACACACAGACACACACAGACACGCACGCACGCACACGCACGCACGCAUCCGCAGCAUUAUUGCAGAAACUUGGUCUAUGGAGAGAUCUGCAGCGACGCAGGCCGACAUGGAAGAGUAUUUGCGGAGGGUGCAGAGCAGACUCGGGACGGAUGCAUUGGAGGAUCCUAUCCAUGCGGUUUUGGGUGGACCGGAGCCAGAUGUUGACACUGUGGCUGCAACACUGUGCAUAGCACUACACCUCAGCCAGAAGGAAGCCUCAGGUGGAGUGUGCGUGCCUGUGCUGUGCCGCCGGCCAUGUGACGCUGCGUUGCCCGGGGAGACGAUAAAGUAUCUGCAGAGGGUAAAAAUUCGUGAGAGCUCGCUGCUGUGGAAAAAGGACGUGGACCUUGUGAAGCUUCAUCACACCGGAAAAUUCUCACUUACACUACUGAGAGAUGGACUGCUGGAUAGCUCCGAGUACCACACCCUGGAGUCCAGCAUCCUGCGCGUGGUCCAUCAAGACAGGCAGCAGGACGCAGGGGAUGAUGGGGCAUCGUCUGCGGUGACGACCGUCGCUGGGGAGAUUCUUCAAGAGGCAGCAGAGCACAUCGGAGCAGCGCUGGGGGAGACUCUCGGAGAGGCCCUGCGGCUGCAGACUGAAGGUUUGUGGGUCAAACAUGGCCGUCGGCCUGCACAACUGGAGGAGCUCAUGAGGUCCUUGGAGCACUGCAGUGACGACACUGCAGACUUGGAGCAGCUGCUGACUGUGGAGCUGAAGGAAUUUUCCGAUGGAGGAAUGACCGUAGCACUCACUUCACUCCCCACAUAUGACGAGGACUGGCAUAGUUAUGUGGACGAGCUGAAGUCAUUCAGCCAUCGCCAUGGCUAUGAUGGUCUGGUCCUUCUGCCGUCUAUCAAUGACACGCUUCAUCAUCCCCGCCAGCAGGUGGCUGUCUACUCAAGCAACACAGAUCUCCUAAACCAGAUCUGCAGUGAGUUGGAAGAAUCUUUCAGCUGGUUUCUUUCUGCCGAACUGGAAGUCAAGGACGAGAUCCAAGUCUACCACAUUCCCAUGAACACCUGCUUAACUCUGAGCAGUCCUCCUCUGCUCACAGAAGAGAUACAGGGCUUCCUCAAGACCUUUGUUGACGGGCGGAGCUCUGUAUUAGCCUGCCACCCCAGCAGGAGGACCUCUUCCACAGAGGGAGUGGCAGGCAGCGUUGAGUUCUCCCAAGGGUCAUCUGGUAUCACUGACAUGGACACCUCUGACGUAGAGAGAGCUGAGGGAGGCAGCGGAGAUGCGGUGCCCGUAGCACGGGUGGUGGCAAAUGGUGAAGAAGACCCCAGAGGUGCAGGAGUUGGUACCUGUGGGGAGCUCGUGAGCCCCGAUAGUGGUCUGACCACCAUCCGCAGCGACCGCUCCUCCAAGGAGAGUUCAGUGUUCCUCAGUGAUGACAGCUCGGCUGGUGAAGUCAUUGCAGGAGGGGGGCCGCCUGCCACCUUCCUGAGAAACCCAUCUCCUCUCGGAUCGACGGCCCUCUGUCCUCCUGCUCCACCUGAGAGGGGGAAGAACUGGCCAGACAGAAACAAGAGUGAAAACUUUGACCUUUUUAGUUUUGACCCACUACAUAGCAGUGAUCACGCCAUAACAAGAGGGGAAUUCGUCAAUUGUGGAGUGAGAGGAGGUGAAGAAGAUCGACAAGCAGGAGGCUCUGGCUUAUCAGAACUUGAGGAGCUGAGCUUGCUGGACUUCUCUACUCCCGAUUCACUGGGCAGGCUGGACAGCAGCAAUUCUCUAAUCGACCACCACGUGAACGACAUGAUGGAAACAGUGGUUCCUCCGACCCCAGUCAACAGUGUGGUAGGUAGUCGUCCGCCCAGCUGUUGUGGGGCAGGGUUCUUUCCAGAAGAUGUGGUUGAGAGGAUCAAUGGCCUGCAGCACAAGGACAGUGUUUCCUCAUCGCUGUCGGAGACCUGGGAUGAGCUCGGCUUUGACACACAAGGGGCAUCGUUGUCAGGUGAUAAUAAUUGCUGGAAUAGGACCAAGGAAUCGGAGAGCCCUGGAAAUGUUGUGGAGGAGGUCAGAGGGAAAGAGUCACCUCAUCAUAUGACGGAGCAAGAAAGCAGAGAAGAGCUCUUCAAGUCAGAGAAUAUCCGCCACAGGGCAAAGACCCUAGAGCCCCAGCUUAGUCUGAUCACUGAGCAAACUAAAGCAUGUGACACCUGGAACCCAGAUUCAAUAUGUAAGGAUCAAUGGAACCCCGCUACAUUGGCUUAUUUGCAAUUGACGCCACCAGAGGAGGACGUAACUGGAAAGUGUACGGCUAGAAUAAAGAAACUGAAAGAAAGAACAACCUCGUUGUCGAGAAAGAGAUCGAUCAUAAACACUUUAACGCCAGACACAUCGAAAGAAGAGGAUGACGGAGAAGAUGGAAAAGAAGGAGACGGACAAAUGGAGCUCCUCGACUUCUGGACAUACUCAGCUCAGAAGGGAUUUCUCAAAUCAGAUAGUGGAACUACCACAUCUUACCCUGAAUCACUGGAUAUGUGGAACACGACAAUCCGAGAUGACAGUCUAUCACCUCUCACAACCCCCGACAACUUGUCCGGGAACUCGGGUUCUUUCUGUGGGCUGAACCUCAAUUUUGAGGCGGGAGCAUCUGUGGAAAGUCCACAAGAAUUCCCUGAUGGUGGAAUGGUGAUGUGGAACACCACCAUCCAGGAAGACAGCUCCUCCGCAUUAACAAGCCCCGAAAGAGCUGAAAACGGAAAAGGGCUUAGUCCAAUGGGAUCAAUGGAUGUAAGUGAUUCUCUUGAGACGCAUGCAAGCAAACCGGUAGAGGACGAAAAGCCCGUAGGAGAGGAGAUAGGUAUGAACAAAGUACAUGAAAAGACGCCUCCAGAAGCAGGGUGGGGAGGUUAUGAGCACCACGUGAGAAUCGUCAUAGACGCGGCAGAGGGUCGCACACAUGGCGAAGAAAUGGUUGACGACGACAUCCAGAGUUUUCAAAGCCAACGGUCCGUCUUGCAGAACUUGGCGUCUGACCAUUUAGAAGAGGAGAACCUCCCAUACCUGGGCACCGACAUGGGGGGCCUACCGGUUCCCGGCAUGGUCGCCUCUACUUCGGAAUAUGACAAUGUAGGAGCUGGUACUUGGAGUCUGACAUCCUCCCCUGAGACGUAUGCUUGCCCGGUAGCACACAUGAUUCAGCUAGAGGAGCAGUUUAGCCCUUUUUUCGCUCUGACAAAACCAAUUCAGAUAGACAAGGAUCACGAUCAAUACCAGGGGGGUGAUCCUCUGGAAAAGACUGAAGACAAAGAAGUCAUUUUAGAUAAAGAACAGCCAACCAACCAGAUGUUCCUAUUUGAUGGAAGUAGUGAGGUGGGUCACAUGAUCACCGGUGGCGCAAGUUCAAUUGAGAGAAAUUACAAUAAGAAAGGUGAAGAGCAUUCAGAGGAAGCUGAUUGGACAGAGCAACUCAGUGAUCAUUCACCAUUUGUUCUGGUGGACUGCUCUCCUGUCACUCGGACCUCUUCAGCCAAUCAUGGUUCAAGUCUACGAGCAGCUGGUGAGACUGAAAUCCAGCCGGACCAAUCGUUAUCCCCAAGCCCCAUUGAGUGGGGUGACCCCGUCUCCAAUGAGCCUGUCCUGCCGUUGACAGGGGCGCAGAAUGAAGAUGUGCCUGUUCCUGAAGGCCAAGCUGGUCCCGGCGAUGAAAGAACUAGAAAUGCGCUCUGCAAAACCUCAGAAACAAUGUCUCACAACUCCAGCUCCGGAGGGGACAGAGACACGCUGAAGAUCAGCCCCGACAGCCUUCAGCCAGCCAGUCGAGACGAACUCAGGUCCAAUUCUGAUGGAGAUUCAUCCUCAGGCCUGGAAAUGGAUUACAUCAUUGUGUCUGGCACAGUAAAAGAAACGGAGAGGGAGCGGCACGGUCGGCCCAAACAGGCUGACAGGGCUUCAAAAGCUACGAGAAAGUCCAUGGAGACGCUUAGCAUGCUUUCCUGCGCUGCCACGGUGCUGCAAAGCCAGGCCCGGGCAGAAGAUAGAGAGCGCCAUGGCAGCACAGAAAGCAAGCAAAACCAAAUCAUCAGAUGUUCUGACAGCACACAAAGCAACGUUACAGAGCAGAGUCAAGCUGUUCCAUGCACUCAUCUCCAAUCCAAAAAUAACUACGAAACUUUUCAACAGUCACAUUCAAGCCCAACAGGUGGCAGUCAAACACAGGUGAACGAAGUCAACCUUGAGGAUGAAUCAAACACUGUGGCCAGAAGUGUGUCUCCAUCCUUAAGAUAUCCGUCAGAUCAUUUCCUGAAAACCAGAGAGGAAGUUUAUGUCCAUUCACAAAUCUCGAUGGAAGAUUCAGACGAGGGUGGCCAAUCGCCCUCGGCGCCUGCGCCAUGCCCAACCUCUUUGGGUGACCUUCGGGUUUGGGAGGUUCAGUUAGCGAGUCAGAAGGCGCCGAUGACAUCUGAACCACAGUCACCUGUACUCACCCACAGCUCGGCCUCCCACACAAGCUCCUUCAUUGGCACCCCAUUAAGUGAUUCUGUUAUUUCUGCUGACAGAGAACUUGGAUUGCCGUUUUCAGGAGAUUUGAUGGAAGAAAAGAACGAUGAGGAAGAGCUUGAGGAGGGAACUGAUUUAGAGCGCACUUCCCAUUCAAAAUGGACUUCAGAAAUACAAAGAGACGGGGAGGAAAGGCAGCAGUUAGGAUCCUCUGAUCUUCUAAGUUUCACUGAGCAACUGACGGAAGAUUCUUCAUUUCAACAACACAAUUUACAUUUACAAAUACUUGGGCCAAAGUGGGAUGGAUACUUACAGAAUACAGGGGAUUACUAUUAUGGACAACCUAUAAUGGCUGCUGGUUAUGAUAAAUGGUCGACUGAACAACAGAUUGGGGGCCAUCAGUCUUCACAAGACAGCUAUUCAACCCUCUUAAGUAGACAUUCCCAACAGGGAGACGGUGCAGCGAGGAUGAUGAUGAUGAAGAUGCCCCCCAGUGAGGAAGCUGCUGAGAAGAUUGAUAACAUAGAAGACCCACCAUCCUCUGCGGAUCUGUCAGGCGGAUCCAACCAAAGGAGAAAGUUGGCAGCUCCACCAAUGAAUGUGUCACUGGACCGCAGCGAGGGGUCUCUCAUCUCAGAAGAUGCCCUGGAAUCAGAAGAUGGGGCGGAUACUGGUGAUGACCUGGAUGACAGCGUAGAUGAGCUGGACACACCUGACGAGGGAGAUUUAUUGGACUUCAACCAACACGGGGAGUCAGAAAAGUCUAAUUUGGGAGGAGGAGCAGCAUCAGGAGACGCCGUCGCAGGACACAGAGCAGCUGAGGAGCGCAGAGAAGACAAGCUGUGGAGAAGUGUGGUGAUUGGAGAGCAGGAGCAUCGCAUUGACAUGAAGUGCAUUGAGUCCUACAAAAGGGUCAUUUCUCAUGGAGGUUAUUAUGCUGAACAGAAUGCCAUCAUCGUGUUUGCAGCAUGCUUCCUACCAGACAGCAACUGUGACAAUUACAAUUAUGUAAUGGAAAACCUUUUUCUUUAUGUGAUUAGUACGCUGGAACUGAUGGUGGCAGAAGACUACAUGAUUGUUUACCUGAAUGGCGCCACACCUCGCAGGAGAAUGCCUGGCUUUACCUGGAUGAAAAAAUGCUACCAAAUGAUAGACAGAAGACUGAAGAAAAAUCUGAAGAUGUUCAUCAUUGUCCAUCCCUCUUGGUUCAUCCGGACUUUGCUAGGAAUCACCAGACCCUUCAUAAGCUCAAAGUUCAGUAGUAAGAUCAAGUACGUGAACAGCCUGCAGGAGCUUGGAGAAACCAUCCCAAUGGAGUUUGUGCACAUUCCCACCAGCAUUGUAAAGUAUGACGAGGAGAGGGGUAUACACAAAUUUGCAUGUAUGAGAUUGGAUACAGAAUUGCAAGAUUCUUCAAUUCAAAUAACCUGACAGGGGAGAUAUUAUCUCUCAGCUAACUGAAGAGGGACGGAGGGCGUGGUUCUAAAGUGCUGAUACGCUAAGAGAAACUCAUUUCAUUACAUUGACAUUAAACAGAUACAACUUGAGAUUUUCCCAGGCCGAUAUGCAAACUAACUCUGAGGCUCACUGAACUCUCUCGUGCUGCUCUGCCUGCCUCACGGAGGGUUUUCUCAACAUGCUCAUUUUAGCAUUUCAUUUCAACAGUGGUAAUGUUUUCCAAAACUGUCUGUGACAGGAAGAAACCCUGAAAUAACUUUUACUCUUACAAAGCCACUGUGUCUGCUGGAAUGAAUGUUGAUUGAAAGGUAAUUGAUGAAGACAGUAGAAUGAAGAGAUAAUUAUAUAUCUAACUCACCUCAGAUGAAACUGACUUAGUGAUAUUAUUUCAGAGUAAACCAUAUUCAAAGGAACUACAGUCAAUAAACCGUAUACAUCCAAAUGCAGGCCUGAUGAAUAUUGAUUUUUGGUUAACAGUAUAAAUUGAAUGUCAAUAGACAUAUUGCAUGUCCCAGUCAUGAAAUAUGUCUUAACUUCUGCAGAGGCAUGAAUAUUAUGACUGCUGUUUUAAUUUCUCAUACCUUUUAUUAUUUUCAUUGGAAAGCUUUCUGCUUUAAAUAUUUGAUUCUAAUGCCUUGAUGACAAGAUCAUUUUUCUCAUAUUCUUUCUCUCGCUCAGAGCCGACAGGAGGGGAAACUCUUUGGUUUGACUGUUCCAAGAAACCUGGCCGCUGCCUCUUCUCUCCACGUAUUAUGCCUAGAACAAUGGGGACCUGCAGGUAUAGUUUACACAGGUCAAAAGAGCUGUAAAAAGAAGUGUCCUGGUGCGUUCCAAGUUAACUAGUAGCAUAUACAGAAUAUGGUGGUACAGUGAGAUAUUACACUGGAUGGUGCGUUGAUUCUAACUUGCAUUGUGAAUGUAUCUCGGUCAAUGUAAGUGGUGGCAUCAAGUAUUACAUACAUGCAUUUGGGUUGAUUGCAUUACAUUCAAAUAUUCCGUAUUAUCUGAAUAUAAACCAGACUGCAGCAUGAGGUGUACGGCUCAUGGUUGUUACACUCACAACUAGCAAUGGUUUCUAAAGGAAAAUGCUGUGGUUCAAAACAUUAGGAAGUUGCCAGUUAAUUGAGGGAAGUACAAACCUGAGGGGGCUCAGCAUAAUACUGUAUUUACAGUUCAGAGACCACCACUGUGCGGAAGGUUAGAUGCUUUACCCUGUAUUACUGUACAUUACAAAGCACUUGAUAAAUGUUCCCAAUUCUGUUAUUUUUUGUAUUCUUUUACUUAAUCUUUACUGUUGACCGGGUCAAAACAGGACUUUGCAGUGAGACUGCUGCUUAAGUAGAGCAGGUAAUAGAACACCUGUGCUGGUGAUUAGUCAAUACUCAGGUGAGGGUGCCACAGAGAUCUUGUAUUAUUCUACACACUAGGCAUUUGCCAUGUUAACCUUUUGUAACCCGUGAUGAUCAUACGUGUGGCUCAAGACUCUUUCCACUAAUAACCAAACACAUGCAAACUUAAGUUAUAUUACAGCCCAUUUGCUAACAAAUAAAUAUGUCUUACUGUACUCUCAACAGAUAUAAAUGUAAAAGGAUACUGAUUGUUUUACUGUGAAUAUUUUUUCAUCUGCUCCUGAUGGUGUGGGUGGCCCAUGUCAGUGUGUUGAAUGUUUGGCUGUAACCUUCAGACUGUUUGUCACUGUGAAAAGGGUUGCAACAUCAGAUCAUAAAGCAAAAAAGCAGGUCUUUGAGGAUGUUCCUGAGAGCUCAACUCGCUGAAAGAAAACACAUGCAACAUGAAAAAAGACAAGAUAAUACAGAAACGCACGAUAUUUAUGGAAAAUAAUGCAAAGAAGGAAACCGGCUGCAAACUGUGAGAACUUUGCAUUUGCUUGCGUUGUGUCCAUUUGCAUGUUUUUGCCUAUUUUACAGAUGUUGGUGACCCAGGGCCACCAGAGUUAUCAGUAGCUGCAGUAAUGUGCUGCAUGCUCUCACUUGCUACAAUAGUCUGAUCCUGUUAACCGCCUACAAGCAAAGUUGUGUGGUGAUGUCAUUUUAGUCAUAGUUCUUCUCUUGAUUGCUUGUCUGAGAGAUAGAUUGGGCCUUAACUGCUAGAGAGGUGCAGCACAGAGAGGGCUUUGAUUUAAAUGCAUCCGCUUUUAUUAGUUCUUCUUAUUUGUACAUUUGUUGUGAAAUCAUUAAAGAUGUGCUCCUCCUCA